AGGCAUCCGAGGUGAGGCGUGCGAGGCGGCUGUGCCCCCCGAGCACGGACAGACGGACACAAGCACAGACAGACGACAGGCAGACACGCACACGCGGACACACGGCCACACGCACACCCCGCCCUGCCCUGCGCUGCGAGCGGGUGCAACCCCGGAGGCGAUCCUGGAGAACAACCUUUCCCUGUCGCUGUUGCCGGCUCCCGCAGGGCUGGACCCGGGGAGCUGCGUCGCGGAGCAAACUUCGCCCAAAGGGCUGAGCUCGCCAGCCUGGUGCCUGCAGCCGGAGCCGGCCUCCGGCUUGGCGGGCAGGGGCCAGGUGUCCUGGAACAAGUGCGGCCCGGCGGGAGACUGGCUGCCCGGCGGCAGGCAGAAGGUCUGCGAGCAGAUGGGUUCCGAUGUCCGAGACCUCAACGCGCUGCUACCUUCCGUGCCCUCCCUGCCGGGCAACAGCAACUGCACCAUGCCGGUGAGCAGCGCGGCGCAGUGGGCUCCCGUCCUGGACUUCCCCCCGGGGGCCUCCUACGGCUCGCUGGGGCCGCACUCCUUCAUCAAGCAGGAGCCGAGCUGGAACGGGUCGGACCCGCACGAGGAGCAGUACCUGAGCGCCUUCACCGUCCACUUCUCCGGCCAGUUCACGGGCACGGCCGGGGCUUGCCGCUACGGGCCCUUCGGCGCCCCGCCGCCCAGCCAGCCGCCCUCCGGCCAGGCUCGGAUGUUCCCCAAUGGGCCCUACCUGCCCAACUGCUUGGAGAGCCAGCAAGCCAUCCGCAACCAGGGUUACAGCACCGUGGCGUUUGACGGGACCCCGAGCUAUGGCCACACGCCGUCUCACCACGCCGCUCAGUUUACAAACCAUUCCUUCAAACACGAGGACCCCAUCAGCCAGCAGACCUCACUAGGGGACCAGCAGUACUCGGUGCCUCCCCCGGUGUACGGCUGUCACACCCCCACCGACAGCUGCACGAGCAGUCAGGCCCUGCUCCUCCGGACCCCCUACAACAGUGACAAUUUAUACCAGAUGACCUCCCAGCUUGAAUGCAUGACAUGGAAUCAAAUGAACUUGGGAUCCACACUGAAGGGCCAUACAGCAGGAUAUGAAAAUGAGAACCACAGUGCUCCCAUGUUAUACAGCUGUGGGGCCCAAUACAGAAUACACACCCAUGGAGUUUUUAGAGGCAUACAAGACGUCCGGCGGGUGCCAGGAGUAGCUCCGACCAUUGUCCGAUCAGCAAGUGAGACAAAUGAGAAACGCCCCUUCAUGUGUGCCUACCCUGGCUGCAACAAGAGAUACUUCAAGCUGUCCCAUCUACAGAUGCACAGCAGGAAGCACACUGGUGAAAAACCUUAUCAGUGUGAUUUUAAGGACUGUGAACGGAGAUUUUCUCGUUCAGACCAACUCAAACGGCACCAAAGACGACACACAGGUGUGAAGCCCUUCCAGUGUAAAACCUGUCAGAGAAAGUUCUCUAGAUCUGAUCACCUGAAGACUCAUACCAGGACUCAUACAGGUAAAACAAGUGAAAAGCCUUUCAGUUGCCGGUGGCCCAGCUGUCAAAAAAAAUUUGCCAGGUCUGAUGAAUUAGUUCGUCAUCACAACAUGCACCAGAGGAACAUGACUAAACUGCAGUUGGCCCUUUAGACAGUUCAAACAAGUGAAUAAACCAGAUGGGACAUUAUGAGCUACUGCAAACUUUAUCAGCCCUCUUCGGUCACCUCUGUCAGAAAGCUGCAGCUGUCUUCGCAUCCCACUUGACACAAGUUAACUAAACUGUAGGAUUGUGCUCAGCCUUGUCUUCCCUUUGGACUUACAUGAGUUCCUAUCCAAUAAAUUCAAGAGAUUUUUACUUGUAAUUUUGUUACAGAGUAAGCAAGAUUGCCACAGUUUCAAGUUUACUAUAAACUAUGCUUACCUUCCACACCUGUCUCCAGUUUUCUGGUUUUAUUUUCACUUGAACUUUUCUGGGUACACACUGUUGUACCUGCGUAAGUCCUGCAGUGGGUAGGGUGAUUCCUCCCUGCUGAAGGUGAGCUUUAUGCUUACUGCAUCUGUACAUAUGCUGAGGUUUCCAACUGCUAGCACAGCUCUCCUCGCAAAAGGAGAUGGAUCAAUCACCUGAGAUACUUUUGGUAAACUUUGUACUCGUGCUGCCAAAGGGCAGGCUUUUAAAGCUGGAAGCUCUGCUUUUGAAUUUCACAAUUCAAACCCUUUUUUUAAAGAAUGUGUUUCUAGAGCAGCUAAAGCUAGAUGAACCAGAGCCUCCUGUACAGAAAACAAGAAUCUUACCAUGAUGUUAACUUGUUUUUUAAAUAAUCACAUUAUUGAUCCCCCCAAACUGUUUUGUUUGUCAAAUAACUCUUUCCCUGUCUCUCUCUCUUUUUAAUGUAUUGGUUUAAAUUUAUUCUGUCAUGAGAUUCAUAUAUCUCCUUCACACAAAACUAACUCCAAUCAUUGUAGACAUUUGGGAUUUGUUUACAAUGUAAAGCCACACUGGUUAUGUGGCUAGCAAGCUGUAUAAACUUAAAACUGAACUUUUAAUGGGGCUGGUCCAGGAUCUCCAUUAACAGAUUACUCUUAAGAUAAGUAACUUAAAAAAGACUCUGUCAAGUAUAUGUGAAAAAGACAUUAUUAGUGUAAGGAAAUAUAUUGUUUCAGGGUUUUGGGAGGAGGGGUUUAUUAUUUACUUCUAAUUGCUUGAAAUUGUGUGUAUAUAUAUAUAUCUGAUAAUGUAUUGCUCUUAGACAUCUAAAAUUACAAAGUGUAUAAAUAUUAGAUGCAUCACUGUUCUGAUGUUGUUGCUGUUACCAACUAUUGAUAACACUAAGAAUGUAACCUGCAUUUUUCACUGAGCUUUCAAUUAAAGCCCAUUCAAAGAGAAA